GUUAUGAAUGCUGAUUUAGCCCCGCAGUAGUUGCCCAUCCUUCCGCUCAACCCUCCUCCACAAGAAACACACUCAAUUCAUAUCACAUUCAUUUCUCAACAAGUGGAUAAUAAUACCCUCUUCAAAUCCUCUCCAUUUUUCAUGCCAUUUUCUUCUUAAACCUAACCCUAUUUUUUCUCCUUACAAAAAUAAAGCACCACCAAACUCUCAACCUAAUAAACAAAAACCCCUUCCAAACAAAUUUCAUAUUUGUCUCUUCUCUCUCCAACGCGGUUUCUUCCUAAUCCUAACUCUUUCAUCUCUCUCAAAAUAUUGCAAUAUUCUUCAUGGACUAUUGUGUAAGAGAAUUAGAAGGAAAACAAGCUCAUGAUCCUUUAUUCAUGAAGAAAAAUUCAUCGACAUCGUCCUCGACCGAUCCUCAUCGUCGCGUGUUUGUUCAUGGACCUGUGAUUGUAGGAGCAGGACCAUCAGGCUUAGCAGCAGCAGCAUGUCUCAAACAAAAAAACAUUCCAUCCAUAAUUCUCGAAAGAUCCAACUGCAUAGCUUCAUUAUGGCAACUCAAAACCUACGACCGACUUCGUCUCCACCUCCCGAAACAAUUCUGCGAGUUACCCUUCAUGGAGUUUCCUUCAAACUUCCCAACCUACCCUUCAAAACAACAGUUCAUAAAAUACCUGGAGAAUUACGCAGAGAGGUUCCAUAUUAGUCCAAAAUUCAAUGAGACAGUUCAAAAGGCCGAAUUCGAUAGUAAAACUGGUUGUUGGAAGGUGAAGAGUCUUAAUAGUAAAGGCGAUGUUACGACGGAGUAUGUUUGUCGGUGGUUGAUCGUUGCGACCGGAGAGAAUGCCGAGGCUGUUGUGCCUAGUAUUGAAGGUGCAGAUGAAUUUGAAGGAGUUAUAAGACAUACUAGUUUGUAUAAAAGUGGUGAAGAGUUUAGAGGGAAGAGAGUUUUGGUUGUUGGUUGUGGAAAUUCUGGUAUGGAAGUUUGUUUGGAUCUUUGUAACCAUGAUGCUACUCCUUCUCUUGUUGUUAGAGAUUCAGUACACGUUCUACCACGAGAGAUGCUAGGGAAAUCAACUUUUGGGUUGUCCAUGUGGUUACUAAAGUGGUUUCCAUUGAGACUUGUCGAUAGGUUCUUGCUCUUAGUGUCAUGGCUUUUGCUUGGUGACACUUCUCAACUUGGUUUGGAUCGUCCUAGUUUGGGUCCCCUUCAACUCAAAAACCUCACGGGAAAAACUCCUGUCUUGGAUGUGGGUACCCUUGCCAAGAUUAAAGCUGGACACAUUAAGGUAAGGCCAAGCAUAAAGAAGUUAAAACGUCAUACAGUGGAAUUUGUAGAUGGAAGAUCAGAAAAUUUUGAUGGCAUCAUUUUGGCAACUGGUUACAAAAGCAAUGUACCCUAUUGGCUCAAGGAAGAGGAUAUGUUUUCUAUGAAAGAUGGAUUUCCUAUGAAGCCAUUUCCAAAUGGGUGGAAAGGUAAAAAUGGACUGUAUGCAGUAGGUUUUACCAAGAGAGGACUAUUAGGUGCAUCAAUGGAUGCAAAAAGAAUAGCUGAUGACAUUGAACAAUGUUUAAAAGCUAAGGCAAAACAUGGAUCAUAAAAGUAUUAUAUAUAGAGCAAUUUUUAAUUGCUCACUCAAUUUUGCCAUACAAAUUUUGCCAUACAAAAGUUUGGUAAUUUUGGCUAAGUGAGAGACAAAAAAGAGAAGGGAUUGAUCAUUGAAAACAAUUGAUCAUAAUAAUCAUUGGUGUUUUGUCUUGGCUGAUUUAGAGACAUUCAUUCAUUCAUUUAUUCGUUGAGGAAUAUCUUGAAUUGAAAGUUGGUUUGGUACAUAAAUGAAUGGAAAGUGAGAUAUUUUUGGAUGUGCUAACAUUUGCUAUAAAACAUGUGUGUGUACAAUGGCAUUGUACCGAAUUGGUUUGAAAAUUUCAAAUUCAUGCAUGGAAGAGAAGUAGGCAAAAAGCGAGAGUACAAUUCGUAGUUUCGGAUCGAUAAGAAGAUGUUGAAGAAAUGAAGAAAAUUGGUGAUUUUUUGUACUUAGCAGGGGACCUUACCAAAUUCGUAUUUCUCUGCGAAAGGAUCUCGCAUUCAGCAUUUGUUCUAAAAAAAUAAAUGUCUAUUGUACCAAAUUUGAAUUCAGAUCAUCUGAUUUUAAUAGAAUUAUCUCUAGUCUCUGAAAAUCUUCAGAGGUUGAUAGUGUGUUCUUCUCAAGAUUUCAUAUUCAAAUUGUGCUGGGACUAACAAUUUCUGUAUUGAGUCAGUUUAUACAGAAAAACAUUAGUUUAAAUGAAAUUUCUGAUGACUCAAUGAUGACUCGAAUGUGUGGAUGCGAAGACAAUGAAGGCCUAAUGAGAAAAAAAACAUUUCUUAAUAUAGGAUGAAGUGCAACAUAGAUUGUGUACCAAUAUUUAUUACCAAUUUGAUGCAAUUUCAUUGUUGAAAUGAUUUCUUUUUCCAAGUUGGAAAUGAGGACCACACCUUGUUUUCAGCUGAAAUGUAAUAAAAGUUGUUGGUUUAUUUGAAAAAUAUUGGCCACAGCCAGAAAGCAUUAAGUUGCAGGGAAUUGCGGUAGAAUUGUUGUUAUGACAUUUAUUACAUAUUUUCUGUUCUCACCAACUUCAUUCAAUUUACACCGUUCAUAAGAAUUUAAGCAACAUGAAAUGAGUGAGACAAGUCAUAUUGUACCAUUUGCCAUCAGAAACAAUAAUACAAUAGCAUAGUAACCCACUCUUUUAUUAUUACUACUACUACCAUUUACCAAUGUACGCUUCUUUGGGAGUGAGAAUGAGAAAUUUAACUCAUGAGUUGUCUUUGGAAGUUGCAUGAAUGAUGUGGCAGAAAUCCAUAAUGCAUGUGUUCUGGGCUCCAUACAAGGGUCAGAAUGAAACAUCUAAUGAUGAAGCAAAGGUA